GAGUGGGGUUGUUGUGGGUGCGAGCGGGACUGCAAUCUGCAUCGGAUGGUGUGGAGGUUGCAGCGUCGUUGUCCCCUGAACAGUUCAACGGAUUAUUGUUUACCUUUAGUGAAUGAACAGGAAUUGUCGACUUUAAACUACUUUGCAAUACAGUAAAAGACUUGGUCGCCAUCAAAGCAUCUAGGAAAAUUGAAGAAAAGACAAAGGGCGCAAAUGGAACUGGAGCAACCACGAACGGAGCACGAAUAUCUCCGCUAAGCUAGUUAGCAAGCCAACUAGCCUGCUGCUAGCUUUAUAAAUUGGAACACGAGGAACAAUCAACUGGCUAUGACUGAUAAUGAGGAAAGGACAGUCAAAUUAUAAUCCAGAAGGAAUUAUUGAGAAUCAAUCAAAUGUUUUAGCUAGGCAUUUUUUCUUACGAAAGUAUUUGAUUGGAAUGGAUGCGUUCUGUAGAAUUGCUCAACAACAAUAGUUAGCCUGCUAGCUAGCUAUGGUUACUUGCAUGUUGAGUUUGUGAAGCUAUCCAGAUAGCCAAAUAACGUUACGUCAUCUGUACAGUAGUUAACCAGACAGGCAACUACAACAAGGCGGGUGGACUGUCAUCUGCGUGGGGGUGUUCGUGAAGUUAACGUUAGUUGACUGGGUAGCCCAUUAUUCCUCCUUCAGCUUUUUUGACACAGUUUAGUAUUACACAUGACAGAAGUGAACAUGGGAGUGUUAUAUAACAAUGGAUAUAGUUAGCUACCCUUUUGUAAGUACCGUAGGGAAGACGUGACAACCGAUAUCUCAGGUACAGUUUAACGUUGGACCACGAUGCAUUAGGUCUGACGUUCUGCUUUCGGACAUAGGAUCUCUUUGGUUUUGCUGGACCGCUUGCUAACAAUAACUUUAUGACGCGGGCUCAGUCCAUUAUUUCAUUUUUGACUGACCACACAGAUCACAGUUUCCCUAAAGCGUCCACAGCCCUCAUACCAUGGCAGCGGUUGUCAACUACUCACCGCCGUGGUGGGUCAACCUGCUACACCGACUCCCUCAUUUCAACCUUCAAUUKGAACAGACAAGCAGUGAUUUUCGCCCGGAGGACUCGUCAUAUCAACAGUCCAUCCUGCUGCUGGGAGGCGUGGCUCUAGCCUGCCUGGCRCUGGACCUCCUCUUCCUGCUCUUCUACUCCUUCUGGCUGUGCUGCCGGCGGAAGAAGAGCGAGGAGCAGCCCAACGCCGACUGCUGCUGCACCGCCUGGUGUGUCAUCAUCGCCACGCUCGUCUGCAGCGCCGGCAUUGCUGUUGGUUUCUAUGGGAACGGCGAGACCUGUGACGGCYUGAACAGGCUGACGUACUCCCUGCGCCACGCCAACCGCACGGUGGCAGGAGUGCAGAAACUGGUAUCAGACAGCACGGGCUCCCUGAAGCAGACGGUGGAUGGCAGUCUGGGGCAGCUGGAGGGCCAGUACGCCAAGCACACAGACUAUCUGUCUAUCAUCCAGAAGCUGCAGGGCCAGCUGGACGAGCUGGUGAGGCAGAUGGUGGAGAUCCCCUUCUGGGACAACAGCGACAUCUCCCUGGAGGAGCUGGCCGUCAACAUCGAGCUCUACGACUGGUACAGGUGGCUGGGCUACUUAGGCCUGCUGCUUUUCAACAUCCUCAUCUGCCUGCUGGUGCUGUUUGGCCUCAUUCGCAACUCCAAGGGAACACUUAUUGGAGUGUGUCUUCUGGGCAUCCUGGCUCUGGUUAUUAGCUGGGCCUCCCUGGGUCUGGAGUUGGCUGUGUCUGCCACCUCCAGUGACUUCUGCGUUGCUCCUGACAUGUUCGUCACCCAAAUGACCGAACAGUAUGGAGUGCUCAAUAAAGACAUUUUGCAGUACUACAUGACAUGCAGUGGGGCCAACAACCCAUUCCAACAGAAGUUGUCCGGGAGCCACAAAGCCUUAGUGGAGAUGCAGGACGACGUGUCUGAGCUGCUCCGCUCGGCCACCAGAGAGUAUCCCCAAACUAAGGGGAAUCUAGAACAGAUCCAGGGGGUGCUGAACACCACAGAGAUCGGCCUGCAUCAGCUCACUGCCCUGGUGGACUGCCGAAGCCUGCACAUGGACUAUGUCCAGGGUAUAACAGGGUUGUGUUAUGAUGGACUGGAGGGCCUGAUCUACCUGGUGUUCUUCUCCUUCGUCACGGCUCUCAUGUUCAGCUCCAUCGUCUGCAGCCUACCUCACACCUGGAACAACAAGAGGAACGAGGCGGACAGCGAGGAGGAGUCCGUGGCCCACGGAGGCAGACUGCAGAACCACGACAACCUGUACCGCGUCCACAUGCCCAGCCUGUACAGCUGUGGCAGCAGCUACGGCAGCGAGACCAGCAUCCCUGCUGCAGCACACACCGUCAGCAACGCCCCCGUCACAGAGUACAUGACCCAGAAUGCCAAUGCCUUCCAGAACCCGCGGUGUGAGAACACCCCACUGAUAGAGAGAGAGUCCCCUCCUCCCUCGUACACCUCCAGCAUGAGGGCCAAGUACCUGGCCAACAGCGGCCCGGGUCCCAGUACCUCCACCCCCGUACUCCCACAGCAACCCAUCACAGCACCAAGACACACUCUGCACACCACUCACGACAGCACACUCCACACCGCCCACCACAUCACCCAGCGGCACAGCUCUAGACAACACCGGGGGCGUGACCCACCAACAGACACACCCGUGUGGAACCGCCUAGCCUCUGGAACCUCUUCUCCAAUGCCCCUCAACAUCUCUGUGACGUCAUCUCCAUCCUCAUCCAGGCUACAGUCCCAAUCUCCUCUCCUCUUCGCUCUUACUAGCCCUCUUCCCCCAGCAACAACUUCAAACAUCUGA